UCUUGCUUUAUACUUAAAGUUAUUUCAAAGCAUUGAGUAGCUUGAUCGACCGCAUAUUAGGGGAUGAAAAAAUAAAAUAUUAAAAUAAAUAGCCGACCUACUUGUACUGUCUUUCAGUUGAAUAAAUAGAUUAUGAAUCAAGAAUAUUUUCCUACUAGCAUUAAAAGUUUUAUUAAAGAUUGCGAGGACUCUGGGCUGAAAGAACAAUCUCCUGACGAAACUCAUUGCCAAUUCACCUUUGGCCUUGAUAACGUUACACAGCUUGCUUGGGUGGUGUAUAAGCAAACUAUAGCUCUUUGGCACACUGUGACUUUUGAGGAUAAAGGGCGGUUUACAGUAAGCGAAGAAGAUCUUGAUCUUUCUAGUACUGUCAAUACUCACGCUGGCUUAGUAUGUAUAUAUCACGAAGAAGGUGGGCAGCACACUUGUUUGUUAGCAGCUAACGAGAGAAAUUUAAUUCGUUAUUGGUUUGAUCUAAAGCCUUCUUUAUACCGCGAUUUGUAUCUCCCUGAAAAUCUUUCUCAAGACUUUUUAAAAUGGUCUUUUUUAAAAAAAUGUUCUUUUCCUCAAGAUAAACAAACUAUAUUUCACGGAACGCCCUCUGGAUAUAAAGCAACCAGCGAGAUUAGAGGCUUUCUGGCUUGCUUUUCUAACGGGGAUAUAUACGUCCUCCCGACGCCCAGGAAACUUUUGCAGGUUAAAAAAGAUUUCAGAUUUACGCCUUUACCUCACGGAGCUGGUCACGGUUACACUUCACCCAUUUUUAAUCUGGUUUCAAAUUUAUUCUCUUUAGGCCGCUUCGGAGCUUCCAGUUCCGAGCUUCUAAGAGUUUUUGUAGAACCCGUUCUAUUUGAAGAAGAAUAUUAUGUGAAUGUCAUUUCCGUUUAUUCUCGACGUGCUGAACAUCUAAUUCUUAAUGCGAAUUUGCAAGCCAUAUCGUUAGAAGAAACUGAUUUUAAAGGCCUUUUUUCUGUUGAUCCCGCAGCAAUUUUAGAUUUUUGUCGAACAAAGAAGGGAUUCAGUUGUCUUUGCAAAACGGGGAAAUUAUUUAAACACAUAUUUUUAGACGAUCGCUUUUGUCCGACCGGCGAAGAAUUUUUACUAGCUUCUUUAGAUGACUCUAGCCAACAAAAAAUUCUUGUUCUGGAUGAUUUAAUAAGUAAAUACGAACUGACAAACGCCUUUGGAGCAACGCCUGAGUGUUACGGCGUGUCGUAUAUGGGUAGUAAAAGUUGUGCUCGGGAUCUUUUUUGCCGUCUCUAUGUUUCCCAGGAGCCCAACCAGAAGCCUCCUUUCGCUCUUUGGUCCAUCCAACCUGAAACGGGCAGCCUUUUUUCAAGCAUGGCGGCUUCUUUGAGCAACGACGACUCUACUGUAGCGCCAUCGCUGCGUUCCGUUUCCUCCUUAUCGUCGCUGCAUUGCGACACACCCGAACUUUCGCUUCUACUGCGCCACCGACUCGCUCUUCUUAUAGAAGAAGUGCAGAAUGAUCUGAAUACCGCACUGCGGUGCCCGCCACCGCGUCGCAAGAAUUCUGUUUUUCUUAGUCAAUUUUGUAGUUUGUACGAUCUUUACGAGAAGCUGCACGCCUCUUCAGUGCUGCGGACGUACAUUCUCUCGGAUGGCAGGAAUGCUUUUGAGUUUUUGAGAGAGCAGAAGCCGAACGCAGUGAGCUAUUUUGAGCCGCAGGCAGACGAUCCUGCCUUUGACCGCAGUGUGUUUACUCUGCUCAGAGACGUGCAGGAAAGGCAAAGGGAGAGCGUCGAGUUUGUUGUUCCGCUAUGCGAGCUGAUAGCUUAUGUCGCUGAAAAGUCGUUGGAACUUCUCGAUAAGCAGCUUUCACUGUUCUUUCCUGCAGAACUGCACCUGAGAGUCAAGAUGUUUCUAGUCGAGUCCUCAAAAAGACGUGUCUUCUACCAAACGUUUAUUGGUCUGCUUGAUGAGCAAAUCGCGUUUAUUUGUUCUGCUGGCUGCCAGAAGCUGGCCAUAAGAAACGAGUUGAUUGGUUUUCUGCAUAGAUUGAGUGCCUGCCGGCUGGAGCUUAACCGACUGGAGCUUUUGAAAGAUCUGCGGGCAGAUAUCCGUAAGGAGACUUUGGAGCUUCUGAUUCAGACCAGCAUCGCCGCCUCUCUUCCGUGUGCUCCAGUUUUGGAUCUGGCGAAAACUUUUCGCCACUUUGAGACGAUUAUUGAAUACUUUUUCGGUGAAAAGUCGAGUUCUGUAAGCUUGAAGAGGCCGCCGGUGCAGCGUAUAUGCUCUGCAACAGUAUCUUGCGGAUCCUCUGCUUGGAGGGAACAACGCGCCUUCAGCAUAAACGUUGUGGAAGACGACUUUACUUUCAAGUUGUUUGAUUGGCUGUAUACCCGAGGCCACUAUGAGCUGCUUCUUCAGGCCGCUGAGGACGACGCUUUAAAUAGCCUACUGAGCCACAAGUUGGGCGGGUCGACCCGUCCGCUGAGCGAUAGGCUGGUAGCGUACUUUGCGCUGUUUGAGGCGGACCACCAAGGAAGAGACAGGAUUUCGUGGCUGCACCAAUUACACCGCCGUGAUUAUCGGACGGCGUACGCCACUCUCUACUUUCUUCAGCAGAACCAACGAUGUGUUGUUGAGCGGAAGCACGUGGUAGACAUGUGCCGACUGGUGUGGGCAGCGCAAAAUGAGAGCGAUAAGCAGGAGGACGACGUUGUGGAACUGAGAACCACUCAAUUAUUCCUGGAUGCUCUCUUAUCCAUCGGCGCAAAGCACGUGUAUGAGGACGGCGAGACCCUCAACGGAACUGAUUGGCAGAAGAGUGUGUUGGACGACUGUCGGCGGAAGCUGACUGGCGACUACACGGCUCUUCUGGCCAGCGCGCCCGACCUGCUUGCCCGUGCCGAUCUCACUCGACCCGAGCACGUUGAAGACUAUAUGCACCACUGGUUGUUGCUGUUGGAUCUUUCCUCUGCCGAGCAACUUCCUGCGAGCUUCAGAGAAGAGCAAACCAGCCUCACAUGGCGAGCUGUGGUUGCCUGCGACGCAGACGUGUUUCUCAAAUCUCCUGCUGAUUAUGAAAGCGAUCAUGAGCUUGAAUCUGUUUUCAAACGCACUCUAUUUUGCAACUUGGCCGAGCCUUCCUAUAACGGUGGGAUUCAUUGUCCGCCUUCUGAUCUUGGAUUCUUUUUUUAUUUCGGAAUUUCAAAGGAAGUAGCAACUACCGCAUAUGAGUUGUUUCUUGAACUUUUUAGAGAUGUGUGA